AUGACCUCUGGAGGUAGUCGCCCAGUCGGAAAUGGUAUCACCCACCAUCUUAAUACAUAUGAUGAUGUCAAAGACGACGAUGAACGACCGUCUAAAAAGGCCCGGAAUUUUAUCGCCAGACAGGCAUGUGAGAAUUGCAGAUCAAGAAAAACCCGGUGCGAUGAGGACUACCCUUGUAAAUUGUGCAGAGAUCUAGGUCUUGAUUGCUCCUAUGCUGAACGGAAACCUACAAAAAAUGAAGUCUCCAUGAGCAUGAUGUUUGGGACUUUGAGACGGAUGGAACUCAAGUUGGAUCGCUUGUCUUCAACCACACAGACUCCUCCAUCUCGCGAGGAUCGUGAGUCACCCGUUACAGCGAGAGUACAGGCUGCUAGUCCCAAUCAUGCUGAAUCCGUGAGAUCAAUUCCAUCAGUACUGUCGCCUCAGUCCCAGAGUCACAGGCAGCCUUCUGCCAACUCAAAACCCCCUUCGGUCCUCUCCUUCAGUGCUCACCGCACCAUUCAUUGGCCUGGAGUUACCGAUUGUCUCCCUUCCAAACUAGUCGAUAUCACUGCCGCUCUCGAUAGGUCAUAUCCCACUCGUUUCGAAUCCGAUCGAACUCACCUCGACCCGUCGAUUCAACCACAGCUUGGUCUGCAAGGCCCCGACUGGCUCUCUGCCCUUGGUCUGUCGUGCGUCAAAGAAGUUUCCAAUGCCUUUUUCGACACCUUCAACCGGGUUUACCCCUUCAUCGAUCGUGACUACUAUUUUUUGAGUACCCUUGCCCAGGUGGUUCGAGAAGGCUUUGGGUAUGACAUCGAAUCUUGUCUCGUCCUCAACGUCAUGACUUUAGGCUGUAUGGGUCUCAAGGCAUUCGAGGAAGGCGGCUUCGACGUGCCUCAACGUGCAUCCCUCAGCCCCUUGGUCCUGCGCGUCAUGGAGGAGGACAUCGCCGGAUUGAGCUUCUUCAACGAAGCCAGACGGAGGAUUGGCUUUUGUCUCUGUGAACGCGACAUCCAAAGCUGCCAGUACUACCUCACCUCGGCAGUCUUUUUUGCGCAAACCAUGCGACCUGUGGACGAGUGGAUGAUGACCACACGAGCCGCCACAAGCUGCACUGCAUUCUGGCAGUGCCCGCCCGAACCCCAUGAUGAGUGGCUCGCCGACAUGCAUUCUAGAUUGUUCUGGAGUGCCAUUCUUUUGGAGACGGUCAUUGUUCAAGAAUUGGAAUUGCCUGCAAGUAGGCUCAAGGAGUUUGAAGACAUUGUGCCUCUCCCCAAAUUUACCGCAUUUCCUUACGUCAGCAAAUCGCGGGCCAGAAAUUCAGACGAUUCCUACUACCACUAUCACUUUCUUGCUCAAAUUGCGCAUCGAAUCAUUCUAAGCAGAAUCCGAGACGAACUCUUCUACGCCAACCCUUCUCCUACCUUGGCCGAUGAACUGCGCCAUCAGCUUGAACAGUGGCGCCACAAUCUUCCCAAGACCCUCAACUAUUCCGACGACACUCCAGAUCAGUCUUUCACCUGUCCAGCGGACGCUGUGGUUGUUGCCCUGCUUUACACCCGAUAUCGUGUUUCGCUCUUUCAUCUCGGGCGGCCCUUCCUAUUCAAAGCUAUACAAUCCCCCUCGGCCUUGACAGAAAGAGAUCUAGCAAUGUGCGCUGAAUCUCUCCAAUACGCCAUGAACUGGCCCCUGACAUGGGACCUAUGUGCCAAGAUGAAAAACUUUAUGCCUCUAAAAUAUUUCGCAUCGGGCCAAAUGUUUGGCCAACUGCUCAUUUUCUACGCCUUUCGACAUUCACCCGACUCACGCCUAAGAGAGCUCGUUCCUGUCGAGGCCGAAUCUUGGUGCCAGAGAAUGUUGACCUUCAUCUCAGAACAAGCCGUGUCGAGCCCGAUCAUAGCAAAAGAUUUAAAGAUGCUUUCAUUUUUGUAUCCAGUGGACGGUUAA